CCUGUUACAUUAAAACAACUCGUUCGUUUCGGUCAGCCUCCUAUUACAAGUCAAAGUAUAAAGACAUGUACUCAUUAUGCUCGGUCAGAGCUUCCUGUUCGUUUGGCAAGACGUGUAAGAGCUUUUCAAAGUUUACCGUUUAUUGUUGGCACAAAUCCCUUUAUAAAAGAAAUCUAUAGUCUUUACUAUGACUCAUUUGAAAAAUUGGUGCAAUACUACCCAUCAGAAAAUUCUGAUAAUGAUCAAGAGUUCAUUGAACACUUAAAAGCAUUUGUGGAAAGACAUAGUGACAAUAUACCCACGUUAGCAAGAGGUUUUCUGGAAUGUAAACAAUAUAUGAAUACACAAGAUAUGACUCACUUUUUAGACGACAUGAUUCAAGCUCGUAUCGGUAUCCGUCUUAUCGCUGAGCAAGCCAUUUCUCUAAUGCAACAACAAAAAGACGACGCUAACGCCAGCAGUGGCUAUAUAGGUAUCAUCGAUACACAAAUCAAACCUGACAAACUCAUUCGCCAUUGUUGCGAUUUCGUCGCUGAGUUGUGUGAGUUUCAUUAUGGUCUGCGGCCCGAAGAAGCUGUCAUUGAUGGACACACAAAUACCCAAUUCACUUAUGUGCCUGUGCAUUUAGAAUAUAUCUUGACGGAGUUGAUAAAAAAUGCUUAUCGCGCUACCGUGGAACACCAUCGUAAAAUGGGAAGAAUUACAAAUGUGCCACCUAUUCAAAUCACAAUUAGUCAGGGACAAGAGGAUAUUUCGAUAAGGAUUAGGGAUCAAGGAAAUGGCAUCAGUGAGGAAGAUUUGCCCAAUGUAUUCGAUUAUUCAUACACUACUGUAUCGAAAAUAUUGCAAGAACAGGAUGAGUCAGAAAAUGAUGGACCGUCUGGUAUUUUUAGAAAUAUUGCAGAAAUGGCUAUGCAAAGUGGAGUGGGAGGGCCAUUGGCUGGGUUAGGAUUCGGCUUACCUUUAGCUAGGAUGUAUGCUCGCUAUUUUGGUGGCUCAUUGACAUUGGUAUCUAUGCGGGGUUAUGGAUGUGAUGUAUUCUUAAAAUUGAGACAUAUUGACGAAUCCAUGGCCGAAGGUGUAGAAAUUUAA